AUGAAGGCGCAAUGCGUUUUGAAUGAAGGCGAACUUUUGCAAAAGAAGAAAAUUAUUGAAAGAAACAAAAUAAAAAGAAGCAUCAAUCCCGUCUCACCUCUCAGCUCCGAAGAGCUCGACCGAAUGUCCUUCAUCGUCAAAGCUUACAAAAAAUGUUUUGCAAAAGAAAUGCGCGUGGAAGAAUUCAUCAACGCCGACUUCUUCAUCAACUGGAAAUCGCUCAAUCGACAACGCGACAGCAACAGCUAUAGUUCCGAAUCAGACGUGAAAUUCGAAGUCGUCCUCAGAAAUCAAAGCAGACAAAUCAUCGAAAUUUCAAUCGACAUGGAAAAAAUUCUGCACCUCGCUGAUGUCGCUACUUCAAUGACUUUUGAUGUGGUUAAUUUUGUGAAGGAAGUGCCUGAUUUCAAGCAAUUGGAUGAGCAAGAUCAAGUUAUAAUAAUUAGAAAUGCGGCUGUUGAGGUUCACUUGCUCAACAUCUGCGAUUUCUACAACUGCGAAAAAGGCCAGAUCGAAAUCGGCCAGUGUUCGUAUCCAGUUCACAAGCUCACUGCAGCAGGAGUCGCUUCAUCGUUUCUAGAAAAAUUCCAAAAAUUCGUCAAAUCAAUCUAUUCCCUCCAACUUCGCGAAGAAGAAAAGGCCUUGGCCUUGAUGAUUAUUUUAUUCUCAGAAGACAGAGGUUCAAAAGCUGAGAGUUUGUCUCAAAUUCAGGAAUCAUAUGCGAUGACACUGAAAGAAAUUUUGGAUGCGCGACGGGGAGCAAAAUCAAAACGAAAUAUUUUCGCCGAGCUUAUGUUCCUUCUCUCCGAGCUGCGGCGCCUCUCCGUCUCCUGCCGUCCGUAUUUAAUCGCCUUCUCCGAUUCCUGCCACGAUCAGUUAAACCCAGUUCUUCGCGAAAUUUUCAGCCCCGUCGAAUAA